AUGACAUGCCACACUAACGAGUACAGCGACCCCAACAAAAUAUCUAUAAGCUUAGGGGAUGACAAAGGCUACCACUACAAACGUUUUUUCGAACAAGGCCUUAAUGCACUUUUGGCCGACCCACACUUUUUGCUCCUAUACGUACCUGAAAAUGGAGUCAAAAUGCAAAUUAUACGACCAAGCAGCAACCCACACCAUCUUGAGCGCAUAAUGAAAAUGAUGAAUGAAGAAACGAGAGACAUCCCAUCCUUUUAUUAUGCGUUGUCACACCUUUGGGGGAUCUCAGAAAGCAACCGACACCUAUGGAUCGAUAUUGGCAAUUACGUGGAUGAUGAAAAUGGACAACCUGUCGAUCCAGUUUCAAUGCGACCCGAAAAACGUGAUCCGUUACUUGCAUUACUCAAAGACCACCCUGGCAGUUAUUGGUGGAUUGAUGUCUUGUGUGCACGUACCGAUACUCCCUUGGAUAUUAUGGGCGAUAUUUAUUCUUGUUGCUAUGAAUGCAUUGUCAUGAUCGAUUGCGAACCUGAUCUAAUACCACAACUUUACGCCAUGAUGGAUGCGGAUGAAGCAUUUCCUAACUAUUGUUGGGUGCUUGAAAAUCGAAAUCUAGACGACCUUUUGCCUUACAAACAGCUUUACGACGACAAAUAUCCUCAGAUGAUUGAUCUCUUAUACGCACUCAUGCAAAGUCAAUGGUGGCAACGUGUAUGGACCUGGCAAGAGAUGGCUCUACCUGUAGGAGGCGUACGUCUUAUGGCGGAAACAGGCACGCAUCGAUCCCUAAACAACACAAUCACGGUGGAUGACCUAGGUCGCUUUUACAAUGCGGUGUUUGUUAUAAAUGAAUACGAAUACAAUCGUCAGCUACAAGAGUCAAAAGAAAGUACUGAAUGGCUGAAUGUGAGAACGGUAUUGCAUUGGCUUUUCGACAUCUUCCGCGCACGAAGAUCCAAUAACCAGCGUAUCAAAAACAAAAAGAAUGCACGGAUAUUUUACUUUUUAAUUUGCUCAUUGGGUAAGUCCACCAGACGAUGCAUGGAUCCUGUGGAUUAUGUCUAUGGUGUGCUCGGCAUGUUUCAUUUCAAAAUCCCAAGGAUGACCGAUCCGAAUACGGUUUGGCAGCUCUUCCUCGCUGAGCUUGAUAAUUACAUGAUGGAUUUUAAGGAUAAAAAGUUUUCAUGGGGAAGAAUUACUGGAAUCAGUGAUAAUGCAUACCAAAUUGAUGUAUUGAAAGCUAAAAACAUGGCUGAUUUAUACAAUGAUUUGCUCGUAGUCGUAGAGGAUGGCGAUCAAUAA